UCCAAAAGAGAGCCGAGCCCAUCUCAUCGCGGCGCCCCCUCACCACUUCACUCUGCAAAUCGCAAAAAAACACAAAUUCCAAUAAAAUGAAAAACGAAGACGAAAGAGUAGUAAUGGAAGAAGACGAUCAACAGAAAGCAUCAGAUCUAGUCCACGAGCUCGUCCUCCGCCUCCUCUCCCAAAACCCCCAAACCCCCGACCCCGAUCCCACCUCCCCAACCUUCCUCAAAACCCUCCGCUACGCCCACCGCAUCCUCCGCAGCCGCCUCACCCCCUCCGUCUCCCCCGACGCCGCCGCAAUCGCCGAGUCCCUCAAACGCCGCCUCGCCACUCACGGCAAAUCCUCCGACGCCCUCGCCUUCGCCGAUCUCUACGCCAAGUUCGCCUCCAAAACGGGCCCCGGCAGCGUCAACAACAAGUGGUCCCUCCUCUACCUCCUCAGAAUCGUCUCCGAGGAUCGUCACAAACUCGAUUCGUCGCUCCUGUUACCCAAUCUCAACGCCGCCGUUUCAUCAUCGUUAGGUAACAAGAAAACUAACGGAGUUCUGUUAGUUAGCAAAGAUCCCGAGAAUCUUCGUGACGUGGCGUUUAGAGAGUACGCGAAUCUAAUCAAAGAAGAGAACGAAGUCACCGAGGAGAUUCUAGUGAGAGAUGUGCUGUACGCUUGCCAAGGGAUCGAUGGGAAGUACGUUAAGUUCAACAGCGAGAUCGACGGUUACGCGGUGGUUGAUUACAUUAAUACCCCUCGAGCUACCAGGACUAUGGUUCGCACCCUCUCCGAGCUAGGCUGGUUGUUUAAAAAAGUCAAAAGUUUCAUAUCCGAGAGCAUGGAUGAAUCAACCGUUGGGACCGUUGGACAAGCCUUUUGCGCGGCGUUGCAGGACGAGUUAUCUGAUUACUACAAGCUGUUGGCUGUGUUAGAAGCUCAGGGGAUGAAUCCUAUCCCUUUGGUUUCUGAAUCUGCUGGCGGGAGUAGUAGUAGUUACCUUUCCUUGAGGAGGUUGUCUGUUUGGUUCGCGGAGCCGAAGGUGAAGAUGAGGCUGAUGGCGGUUUUGGUUGAUAAGUGUAGGGUGUUGAGAGGGGGAGCCAUGGCGGGGGCGAUUCAUCUUCACGCCCAGCAUGGUGAUCCGCUUGUUCAUGAUUUUAUGAUGAGUCUGCUGAGAUGCGUGUGUUCUCCGUUGUUCGAAAUGGUGAGGAGCUGGGUGCUGGAAGGGGAGCUGGAGGAUAGUUUCGGCGAGUUCUUUGUUGUUAGCCACCCGGUUAAAGUGGAUUUGCUUUGGAGGGAAGGGUAUAACCUUCACCAUGGGAUGCUCCCGUCCUUUAUCUCUCCGAGUUUAGCUCAGAGGAUUCUGAGGACGGGGAAGUCUAUAAACUUUCUUCGUGUCUGCUGCGACGACCACGGAUGGGCAGAUGCUGCUUCGGAAGCAGCAGCUGCCUCCGGGACGACGACGAGGAGAGGAGGGAUUGGGUAUGGGGAGACUGAUGCCCUUGAGCAUCUUGUCGCCGAGGCGGCGAAGAGAAUCGAUAAGCGUCUGUUGGAUGUUUUGUAUGAGAGGUAUAAGUUUAAGGAGCAUUGUCUAGCGAUUAAGCGUUAUCUACUGCUUGGUCAAGGUGACUUUGUGCAGUACUUGAUGGAUAUUGUGGGACCUAAGCUCUCUGAGCCGGCGAAUAAUAUUAGCUCCUUUGAGCUCGCUGGGUUUCUCGAAGCUGCGGUUCGGGCGUCUAACGCCCAGUACGAUGACCGCGACGUGCUAGAUAGACUGAAGGUGAAGAUGAUGCCACACGGCAGUGGAGACAGAGGCUGGGAUGUGUUCUCGUUGGAGUACGAGGCCAGGGCUCCGUUGGAUACUGUCUUUACAGAGUCUGUUCUGUCGAAGUACCUGAGAGUGUUUAAUUUCCUCUGGAGGUUGAAAAGGGUGGAGCACGCUCUCAUCGGAAUCUGGAAGACCAUGAAACCGAAUUGCAUCACUUCGAAUUCGUUCGUGAAGCUCCAGAGUUCGGUGAAGCUGCAGCUUCUCUCGGCGCUGAGGAGGUGCCAGGUUCUGUGGAAUGAGAUGAACCAUUUCGUUACCAACUUUCAGUAUUACAUCAUGUUCGAGGUGUUGGAGGUUUCGUGGUGUAACUUCGCGAAAGAGAUGGAAGCUGCUAAAGACCUCGACGAUCUUUUGGCAGCGCAUGAGAAGUAUCUGAACUCCAUCGUUGGAAAGUCUCUUCUUGGUGAAGAGUCUCAGACCAUCAGAAAAUCACUCUUUGUCCUCUUUGAGCUUAUAUUGAGGUUCAGGAGUCAUGCAGAUCGUUUGUAUGAAGGAAUCUACGAGCUCCAAAUAAGAACUAAAGAACCGGGACGAGAGAGAAACAAAACGCAAGACUCAUCAAGUUCAUGGAUGAGUGAGGGCAGAAAGGCUAUAACACAGCGAGCUGGAGAGUUUCUUCAAAGCAUGAGUCAAGACAUGGACAGUAUCGCAAAGGAGUACACAACCUCACUAGAUGCGUUCCUGUCUCUUUUGCCGCUCCAGCAAUCUGUAGAUCUCAAAUUCCUCUUCUUCCGGCUAGACUUCACUGAGUUCUACAGCCGGUUGCAUUCCAAAGGAAGAGAAAGUUGAGAAAAAGAAAAGAAUAAUCCGAGUUUUAGUUGCGAAACCAUAUUCCACAGUAGUGAGAGAAGAAGACAUGGUCUGCUCUGAGCCUCUGACUAACCGUUUGACUGCAGCAUGGACUUGCAGAGGAUUAUUUUUUCUUGAAUCUAGGUGCGUGGAAGAAUCUGUUUCUUAUUUUGUGAGACUGCCUUGUAGAUUGUUGUUUCCAAGGGUUUGAGAUUGGGGAAACAUAUUCUUUGUGUUGGUAAAAUGGGGAAGGUUUGUGUUUGAAUUUGAUCUGCAGCUUUUAGUUUUUUUUGUUUUUUUUUUUUUUCUCCAUGUGGUUUUCUGUAAAGCUCUAUUUGAGAGCUUUCUCUGAUUUGUAUGAUUUGCUUCAUGAAUCAUGAUUUGGUUUAUUGAUAUAAGAAUGAGUUAGUUGUUUGAUA